CUUCACCUACCAUUCGAAAUUGGUACUUGUUAAUUUGAUGAAUUCAGAGAAAAAAUCAAUAUUAAAAUCCCAUGUGAUUCGUCCCAACCUAAGGCAAGGAAAAGGCAGUGAGUUGAUUAGUGUAUUAGAAAGAAACUAAUGGGAAUGGCAUCUGCAAACAGCGGAGGAAGCGAAGGGAUGGAAUUGUGCAUAUUUGAUUUGAGAAGAGGACAGCAAGAAGGGCAGGAACUAGACAAGAUCUUGUUCUUCUUUCCUGCUGAUUUACCCUUUUCAACCCAACUCUCUGUCAUCGGACUCAGUGAAGGACUCAUCACUUUUACCAGAAUUUUCUCUCCAGAGGCAGCUUGUGAGGUGAUAGAAGCAGAGAGGCAUUCUCAUGUUUUUUACGAGGCAGAGCCCGAUAUCUGGAUGGUCAUGGUAGUGGAGAAAAGUAAGGAAGCAGAAGCAAUAUGGCGGGUCGAGGCAUUGCGAGAGGUUCUCAAGGAAAUUCAUUCUCUUUUUAUGAUGUUUUAUGGGCCUGUAAGAGAAAUGCUUGAGAAAGAUCCUAGUGGAGGACAGAUUCGAGCUCAUCUCUACCCUUUUGUCAUGGAUUAUCUAAGUGCAUGUCAAAAGAGGUCUCCAUUGGAUUACUGCUGCUGGGAUUUCCUUGUCGGGAAGAAAAUUCAAUUACCAUCAUUUCGUGAUUGUUUGAAGGAAUGUGGAACUGUACAGAUGCUGACUGUCGGGAGGGAGGCAGCUAUUGAGGUUCAGUCACUUGUGAGGGUACUAGAGUCUGGUGCUGGGGCCACACAUUGCUAUUCACUGAUCUUGUUUCAAGACUUGGUUGUGUCCACGACGCUUUCACCUGAUGACACCAUAAAUUUAUUUGCGUAUGCAGUUCAAAGGUUGUCACCUCGUGCUUUGUCAUCUGGAGUAAGUUCAUGGUCCUAUCUACGCAGAGGAAGUACUCCUUCUCAUGUUGUUGUAGGGCCUACCUUUGCCACUGUCUCUGUUUCUGAUCAAUUCCAUCAAUUGCAUGCUACCUCUCCUAGUCAAGAUAACAGUUAUCAUGUUAAAAGGCCCUUACAGCACAACAGGUGGUCUAAAGGGAAGGAUGGUUUUCUGGUCACUGAUAUUUGGGGAACAGAGACUGGUAGUUUGAUUCCUUCCACCCCAACUAUUUGGCUUCAGCAGACCGGGGAAAGAAUGUAUCUCUGUGCUUACCAGUAUAAAAGCCUUACCUUAAUCCUCCUGGUUCCUUUGUCCUCCAUUCUUAAUGGGGAGCAAGGUGUCUCCCUGGUCAAGCAGCAGGUUCUUGAAAAUGCAUCACUUAAGAUUUUAAAAGUUGAAGAGAAACUAUCAAAAGGAUGGGGUGGUGAGAAUGCUUAUCAUGUCAGUGGGUACCGUUAUCUACUCAUUGAUGAUGAUAGAAAUGUAUCCAGGGCUUCUCCUCCAGCAAAGGUUACAACCCUAGCAAAGGAAUCGUUGCUUGCCAUGAGUAAGCUUAGAGAAGAGGUAGAUUUGGAGAAGAGUAGAUCAAAAUGGGAUAAUGCAGAUCGUGACAAAGAUUUGGAAAUAUGCAUUAGAGCGAAAAACAAUGCUUGGGUUAUUGCUCGUACUACUAGAGGGAAGGAGCUUUAUAUGGUUCUGGAAAGGGCCAAUGAAACACUUCUUUAUGCUUCUGAUGCCUUUGAGAGGUUCAGCGACAGGUAUUGUGGUGGCGCUUUUUCUUUGGAUUAGGGAAAAUGUGCUGGCUGUAUAUUUAUCUAUUAUCACAUAAUUAGAAAGAGUGAUGAAUGUACGAGCACCACCGAUUGUUUUGUUUCUUCCAUCUCUGCUUCUCAUGUAAAGGACCCUUUGUAUUUUCUUAACAACUGGGUUCAAAACAGAAAAUUGUAUCCGCUGUCUGUAUAAUGCUAUGGCAAAUCCAUACAUUUUGAUAUUAGGAUUCGAUCAUCAUCUAUUCAGGGUGCCUUUGCUAGCUAGUUCUGGAGCAGUGGCUCUGGGAGGUCAGCUCAUCCAUGUAAUAAUUCUUGCUGAAAUAAAAGUUGAUAUUGUUGGUCA